AUGGCGUACAACGCCGUCGCCCAAGCCGACGAGGUUGCGUCAGGAUCCGACUCCGAUUCGGAGGUCUCGUGCACUCCUUCCCCGAUGCAAGAAGUCUUUCAUCAACUUCCAAAUGCCGACCAUUCCCUCGACGGCGCGCCGCUAGAAGCCGCUAGCAGCCACGAACAGCCAAGCCUCGGCCGACUCGGAUCAAUGAUCCGCUCCAUCACCACCACGAGCUACGAUGUCGUGGAGGCGGAUGAUUACGAUGCCGAUCCCUCCCCUUCUUCCCCGGUGCCGCAGUCACUUGAAUCACUUCAAUCCGCCCAGUCAAACCAGAGUCCACGCCGCAUUCCUCCACUCAAUACAGCAGUCGCGCGACAUUCUUCCUCUCCGGAACCCCCUCUGCGCAGUGCUUCCAGUGACCUUCCCAUCACCCAUCCAAUCCCUGAUCUGCAAUCAUCUCAGGGGGCCUACGUGGGUAAUGUGGCCCGUCUCGAAGAAAGUGCGGAGCGUCUGAGCUCCAGUUCAGCCGACAUUGGAAGUGAAAUCCGCAAAAUGGAUCAGGAACAGAAGAGAAGGUCGUGCAGCUCCGCGACCAACUCGAUCAAUCUGCGGAAUGGAGCAUUCUCCCCCAUGAUCCAGCCAUCGCAUGCGUCAACGUUUUCCACCCGUCAGCGCUCUGUCUCCGGCGCAUCACGACUCGGCCAGGUGUCGGAACCCGGGCAUGACGAAGACGGCCAUGCCGUUGAUCCCACACGCACCGCGUCGAAUGCUGGCCCCAUCCCAUCCCAUGCGAGCUACGCGCACGAACCCUCCGAGUCUCUCCAUGAUCAGUACCUUCCAGAGCAUGACGAGGUGGAAGACCCCGACCGACCAGCCUCCGCGGCCUCGGGUGAUACCUUUCAGCAAGCGCGGACACUCUUCACGGACUUUGACGGGGUCCAUUUCACGCCCUUGGACCGCGGGAAUUCCACACGCCAGAUGUCCCUGCAACAACCACCCCUUGCAAGCCGACCGCAACCGUACCAGGAGCCACAGAUGGGCCAGAACAUGGUCUACUAUCCGGCUCCGGUCCCGCGAAUGCUGAACCUGCCGCCGAAACUGUCACGCCGGCCAAUUGCCGAUCGUGAAAAGCGUCGCACCGAACUCCUGACCAGCAUCGUCGCCGAGGACAGAAAAUCUGCGCUCUGGCUGCCGGGUGCAGAUCAACAUCGCUCGGGGCCCGACGAACAAGACAAACGGCAAUCCAAGAUUUCUCCCCAUCUUCGCGCAAACUUAUUCUUCGACAAGCCCAGUACCGCCCUGGAAGUGGACGUUAAGCAGCAGUCUGCAGUGGCCACUCUGGACAGCAUCUUAGACGCCUCCACCUAUGCACCUGUCUCGGCCUUCACCGAUCAUCCCUUCGCAGGCCACGUGGGCUCACAGGUCUUCCAUCAGCCGAAACGCCAGACCGUCUACAAAGAUCACGCUGAACAAGCCGCCCACCGCGCGUCCCAAAUUUCAAUGGGUCAACGUCUAAGCCUUCACUCUCGUGGUCAGGUCGGCGGUCAAUCCGCGGCUCAGGCUCGGCACGAUGACCGUGCGCGGUCUCACAAUGAGGAUGGCUCCGAGGGGGCCAGUGAGAGCGAGAGCGAUGAUGAGGGUGACUCGUUGACAAGCGGUCUGCACGAGGAGGAGAACCAAGGAUUUGUGGAAUUCGUGGGACCGCCCAACACGCUCCUGGCUGAGCUGGACCUUCGCAAGCAAGAGCUGAGACAAAGGCAGAGGGUCUUCCUUCCGACUCCGUCACAGGUCAUGGGCGGGCAUUCCACCUUGCUGGAAAUGGAUGCCCUGGCACAGAGACAGAGUGACAAGAGACGCCGACGCCCGGUCACCCUGGCGUGGAACAAUCGCGACACGCCCGACGAUGACGACGUCCCGCUGGCCAUGCUGUAUGCCGAUCAAGCCCCCACGGCCGAAGAAGACCGACCACUUGGGUUGAUGGAAAGACGUCAACUGGAGGAGAAUGAGCCACUGAGCACGCGCCGUGCCCGGUUGCGUGGAGAGCCCCUGCUGGAAAAGCAGCCCGUUUCAGUCCACGAAGCCGAGGUCCAUGUGUCAGACGCCGGUGAGCCUGCGGCCGACAGCGAAGACGAAGGCGAGACCUUGGCCGAACGCCUGAGGAGGUUGCGUGGCCAAAACCCUGCGGAGAGUGACUUUGCGAGCGAGGUUCUUGCUGAAAUCAACUCCAAAAGUGAAACGGCGCCUCCAAAGGCAGAGCCAAUAUCCACCGCAGCUGGCCCCGAGAACGAAACCUUGGCGCAGAGGCGGCUCCGUCUGCAAAAGGAAAACGGACCUGCACGUGGCCAUCCUGCAAGGGAUUUGCAUCCGAGUCGAAGCAUGGCCGCUCUCCCGCAGCUGCGUCAUGCACAGCGGGCUUCCUUGGCUCGCCAUGCCUCGCACGAUGUUCUUCCCUAUGGCAAUGCCGUCGCGGGACAGUACGCAGGCAGGAUGUCGACCCAGUCUUUGCUUCUGAACCCGACAGCUCAGCAAGGUUACGGGGGCUACCCGAUGGGCCAGCAACCAUAUGCCUACGGAAAUAUGAAUUAUCCGGCCGCGCAAGCAUAUAACAGCAUGAUGAUGGGUGUCCCCGGGGGCAUGGUAUAUGCCAUGCCCGCCGGCUGUGGGCCAAACAUGGCUCCGCAACCGGUCAACCCAGCGCAGCAGGAGUUUAUUGAUCGUUGGAGACAAAGCAUUCGCUGA